AUGGCCACGCCGGUUUUAAAGCUAUGGGAAGACCACGGAGUUGCGGGUAACGACCCGGAAGUGAUUGCAGACUUCGUAUUGACGCUGGCGAGCGUCCCCUAUAGCCCCUAUGUUGGUAGCCUGUCGGGCCUGGCUAUCUAUGUAGAGGCGAACAAGGGUUGGGAAAUAGAAAAGGAUCUAGACAAGAGUGAUGCACUGUGGAUAGGGGAGGAAAUGAGCAAGAACGCUCUCAAGAUUGAGCAAGCCUUGGGCAAUGGAGGCUCGUGGGUAAACCCCAAAACCAAUGGAUUGAGCUAA